AUAUGUCACUCUCUCUCUCUCUCUCUCUCCCCAAACCGUCUUAGCUUCAUAGAUCAUUGUCUCAGUCUCACAGAUUUUCAUCUCAACCUGAGCCUUCAUCAAAACCCUAACCCUGAGCUCCUCUACCACUCUCCAAAGCCUCAUCACUGUGUCCCACUACCCUAACCUCGUCGACGAUGCCUGAUUGGGGAAGAGUAGGGUGAGACGGUGGUGUUCGUCUGCUUCAGAAGCGUAGGGUGCUUCGAUCCACCUCGACUUGCGGAGAUCGUAGCAACGUUGGAGAAGAGCGGCCACCAAUUCUUGUGUUCUACGGAGCCUUCGCCGACGACUAUUCCGUCUCCAUCCGCUUUUGUCCCCCCUUCGUCUCUUCUCUCAAUCUAAUUUUUGAUUCCUGGGACUUCCACACCGAUCGCAUCCUUCCCUUUCUGACAGAUAAUACUGAUUUCACGGUGAUUGGGGUGAUCAAACUGCCUGGGGUAAGGAAGUCGACGAUAAUGAACGAGCUCUAUGGCUUCGAUGGAACUUCACUUGGUUGAAAUACUGGAAGUUAAAUCAUUUUAGGUUGCACUUGCAGACUUUGAAUCAGGGUUGGGCAACAAAGAGGCACUUGACAUAACAAAUUGAGAACUUGGAUGGAAAACUUGAUGAUCAAGUGGAAAUAUCAAAGUUAAUUACGAAUUAGGUUACUAAUGUUCGUGGUGAUCUUUCUCAAAUUGGCUUAGACUUGGACGCACUAUAGAGAAUGGUUUGUGGCCUGGUGAGUUUUGUCUCAAAGUUUAUUAAAGGAUUUAGUGCAACCCAUUCAACACAAAUGAUAAGUUUUUCAAGAUAUAAGUGUGACUUGUCUCAUUUUAAUUCCACUACUUGGAUAUUGAGUUUGUGAACUGUGCAUGCAAUUUCUGUCCAACUAUUUUAUGAUUUUCAUCUGGAACUACUGCUGUUGCUUCUGCUACUGCUGUCAUCAGGUAUUUUAAAUUUUCUUGGCUGUAUAGUUUCUUUUGUGUUCCCUUUGAAUGUUCCCUUACAAUUUAUUCUUUAUAUAAGGAAAUUGAAAAGAAAGCAUGUGGUUUGACCCUAAAAUUAUAUGAAGAAAAGAUCUUGAUGAGUUAUCUUCCUCGUUCCAAUCGUCAUAUGCACAUAUGUUGUCUAUAUAGAAGGAAAAGGAGCCACUCUGUUAAUCUUCAAAAGUAGUCUGAAAUUGGAUUCAAGCAUUGGUUAUUUCACGCUUUAUGCAGAUGGGUAUCAAAGGAUGGCGUUGGUGCUGUUGGGCGCUUAUUCAUUGGUCCGGCAAUUGUCAAUUAAGCUAAGGGAAAGACACGGGUAUGGAGAAUGUUUCCAGUAACCAUGGCAAUCUUUUUCAGGUGGGCGAUUUGGUAAUUUUUUUUUUAUGAUGAUCCAAAACAGUGGCGCAUGCAUGCAGACUUCAUUGGUAGUGCAAGAAGGUUGCUCUAAUAAACUUUUGGUUUGAAUGAACCAAGUUAUUUGAAUUGUUAUUAAUUGAAGCCAUUAAAUUUGUCAAUUUAUUAUGUAGCAUCUUUGAUCUAAGUACACAGUUUUAUCCUGCCUAUUUCCUACCACCGGCAUCUCUAGGAAAUCUUACCAACGUAACAUGGAUCCCUAUGUCAUCCUGACUAGUCAUACUCAAGAGCAAACAAGCAAUGUUGCAUCAGGAUAUUGAGGUAAACAAUAGAAAGGUUAAAGUACAUCAAUCUGAUGGAGUUUUUGAGCACAUUGAAUGGAAGAAUCUGAGAGUAGGGGAUAUAGUGAAAGUGGAGAAGAAUGAGUUCUUUCCAGCAGAUCUUCUCUUGCUUUCAUCCAGUUAUGAGGAUGCAAUCUGUUAUGUUGAAACCAUGAACCUUGAUGGGGAGACAAAUUUGAAACUAAAACAAGAAUUAAAGGUAACUUCAUUUUUACACGACGACUUUGAUUUUAGGGAUUUUAAGGCCCUUGUUAAAUGUGAAGACCCAAAUGCAAAUUUGUACUCUUUUGUCGAAAGUAUGGAAUUUGAAGAGCAACGACAUCCCCUUACUCCUAAGCAACUUCACCUUAGAGAUUCAAAACUCCGCAAUACUGACUACAUAUAUGGGGCUAUUAUCUUCACCGGUCUCGAUACAAAGUUAGAUGUGGACUUUGUUCAAAAUGAUGUGAGGAAUUUACGAUGGAGAGGUCCAAUUAUUGAUACUAUUGUUAUGAAUCCUCCGUUCAGAACUUGGAAAAAGGGGGCUGAUAUGGACUUUCUCUUCGCAACUUUGAAGGGAUUAAUUUGGUUGGCUUUCUAUAGCCUCUUUACUGAUCAAUGUUUUCAAACUAGCUUUAUUUUGUACGAGGCACAUAUCUAUUUGGAGGAAAAUUGUUUUGUUUUGUUUUUUUCAUGGACCCCUUUGCCAAAGCUACUGCCAAUGUCAAUUCAUUUUAUAAAAUAGCUAUGCAUCUAAUUUAUUUUAUGCUAGAUGGGAUUUAUUUUAGGCAUUUCAAUAAUAGUGUGAUUGUUGCAUUCCACUAGCCACUAAUGCGCAAGGAUACCUGCUGAAGUUUUAACCUUGAUUAGAAGUUUUCUUAUCUUAUUUAACAAAUUGUUGUAUAUUCUGUUCAUGCUUCAUGAAGUACUAGUUUUUAACCUUGAUGAAUUGCUAAAUACUUGAUGCUAACGUACCUACCUUGGAAUGCUGAUGGUGGAUUGCUAGCAUAGUUGGCCACCAUAACUUUCAGUCACUAGGAAAGGUCAUGUUCAACUCUCCCUAGUGGGAGUUGAAUUAACGAGGCAAGCACUUGGUUCUUUGCGAAGGAUGGGGAGGCUAACUUCUAUAGGUGCUAAUCUAACAACUAUUUUGUAGAUAAAAAAGAAAAUAAAAGUUUGGAGAGAUAACUUGGAUUAAUGUUAUUGUAGUUCGGGGUAGGUAUGUGGACAAAAUUUCCUUGAAUUUUGAACUAUGAGUUUUUUAUUUUGUUGUGCUCCCUAAUUUUUUUCCCUAUUUUGGUACAAACCUUAUAAUACUAUUUGAUUUUAUGGUUGAAGUUAAAGGGUUGAUUCUAUAGCUGUGUUACACCCACGAACAAGUCAAGAUUUCCAAUCUAAUCUAUGUAUAGGAACUCUUUCAACCCCAGAAAUGUUUGUAUGUCUACUUUGAAUUGGGGAUGUGUGGAUUGCAAUUGGGUGGGUUUGAAUGAUUUCUAGUAAGGGGUUUUGGUAAAGGGUUUGAUGACAUUAGUGGCUCAAAGCUAGGAAGAAAAAGUGUGCAACUUCAAUGCUAGCUGUGUUACAUGAGAUUUUUCAGAAAAUUUUGAACUUGUAGGUUUUGUCCAAAAAUUAGUGUGUUGCAUAUUUUUCCUCUGUUAGAAUAAGAAACUUUAUACUUAUUGUGGAGUGCUAUAACAAAAUUAUGAAAGGUUUAGACAGCGGCAACUGUGGUUGAUUAUUAAUUGUGUAAUCUAUUUUUUACUUGCAAGCAGGAGUAACCGUGGGUGAGCAUAGUUUUUUUUUAUGUAAUCUAGAUAUUAUUUUGUUGUGGCACGCUUUUUUAAACUUUACCCUCUUGGUUCAGAUUAUUAGUCAAUGCAAAUCUUAUUUAAUCUAGAGAAUUACCAUAUACUUCAUGGUAAUAAGAAAUGACUAUCAUAUAAAUGCCAAGGCUUUUAGAACUAUAGAAUAUAUAUUACUUUGUUUUUACAUUGUACCAAAAUGGGCAUUUGUUUACUCUUUUGUGGCAAAGAAUUUGAAAUUGUGGGUUUCUACAAGAAGAGAAAACAAAAAGAAUUUAGGGCUUCUCAGGUUAAGCUCUACCUUAUGUUGUAUUUGUUGCUUUAGUUCAUUGGAGUUAAUUUUUUAUUUUCAUUGUUUCUUAUUUACCUACAUUCCUAUGUUUUUUAAGUAAUCUAGUUUUUGUUAUCAACCCCAUAUGGUGGCUGCUAUAGCAAUUACCAACUAUUAUGGAGGCAGGUAAAAUAUUUUUAUUUGAUUUCAAAUAUCUACUCUAUUGUAGCUGUUGGUUAGUACUUUUGGACUAAAAGAUUUUUGUUUUUAAAUUAAAAGACUUGCUGAUAGUUCUUUGUAAGCCUAAUGCCCUUAAUUGAUGUUGUUGUUAUUAAAUGGUUUCGUCUAGUUUAUUUAGUUGAUUAGGUGCAUAAUUGAGUUUCUUCUUUUGAAAAAGUUUAUUGUGUAUUGAAAAAUGGAUUUAUUUGCUUUAUUUUAUAACUAAGAAAAAGCUACGUUCGACAUGUAAUUGGCUUAUAUGACAUUGCUUUUAUGGGGCCAUUGAAUUAUUUUAUUAAUUUUGGAAAUGUUUUGUUGAUGUUUUAAAAUUUUUUGAUCAUUUCUUAAUACCUCAAAAAAUAUUUUUGUUCCUGAUUCGUUGGUUUUUGUGUUUAU